CCUGCCCGCGCCCCCAGCCCUGGCCGGGCCACAGAGCCACCGCAGAGGCCCGAUGAAUGGAGUCGCCUUCUGCCUGGUCGGGAUCCCGCCCCGUCCGGAGCCCCGGCCCCCCCAGCUGCCACUGGGCUCGAGAGAUGGGUGCUCCCCCAGGCGGCCCCUCCCGUGGCAGGGGCCCCGGACGCUGCUGCUGCACAAAAGUCCCGAGGAUGGCUUCGGCUUCACUCUACGUCACUUCAUUGUGUACCCGCCCGACUCAGCUGUACAUUGUCGCCUGAAGGAGGAAGAGAAUGGAGGCCGAGGAGGAGGACCCUCCCCUCGGCAUCGCCUGGAGCCCAUGGACACCAUCUUUGUCAAGAAUGUGAAGGAAGACGGGCCAGCCCAUAGGGCAGGGCUGCGCACAGGAGACCGGCUGGUGAAGGUGAAUGGGGAGCGUGUCAUUGGGAAGACUUACUCCCAGGUCAUAGCCCUGAUCCAGAACAGCGAUGACACCCUGGAACUCUCCAUCAUGCCAAAAGAUGAGGACGUUCUCCAGCUGGCUUAUUCUCAGGAUGCCUAUCUGAAGGGGAACCAACCUUAUUCCGGAGAGGCCCGCAGCAUUCCAGAGCCGCCCCCCAUCUGCUACCCCCGCAAGACCUACGCACCGCCAGCCCGGGUCCCCACCUGGGCCACUAUGGUGUCUGAGCCCUUCUCAGCACUGCCCAGCGACCCCCGGAGUCCUGCCACCUGGAGUGACCCCGGAGCCUGCGUGGUGCCCGCUGCCUGCCCAUACCUGGACACCUCUUCCUCGGGCAUGAGCCAGCCCGGCCCCAGCCCUGGUGCCUUCCCCCGCCUGCCCACCGAGUCCCGGACGCCCCGUGCCUUCCCAGAGCCUGGCAGCCGGGCACCCCCCAGCAGACUGGAGUGCCAGCAGGCCUUGUCACACUGGCUGUCAAACCAGGUCCCCCGCAGGGCGGGGGAGAGAAGGUGGCCUGCCAUGCCGCCCCGUGCCCGAAGCGCCUCCCAGGACCGCUUGGAGGAGGUCACGGCCCCCCGCCCGUGGCCCUGCUCCACCUCACAAGGUGCCCUGAGCCAGCUGGGCCAGGAGGGUUGGCACCGGGCUCGCUCGGAUGACUACUUAAGUCGAGCCACCCGUUCGGCCGAGGCCCUGGGGCCAGGGGCGCUGGUGUCACCCCGCUUUGAACGUUGUGGCUGGGCUUCCCAGCAUCCGUCCGCCCGCACCAUGGCCUGCCCAUCCAGAGACCAGCCUGGGCCCCAGGCCCCAGCCCCACCUGGACUGCAGGGCCUAGACGACAUGGGGUACGUGGGGUACAGAAGCUACAGCCCGUCGUUCCAGCGCCGGACGGGCCUCCUGCACGCACUCUCCUUCCGGGACUCACCCUUUGGAGGUCUGCCCACCUUCAACUUGGCCCAGUCCUCUGCCCCGCUCCCACCUGAAGCCGCUGAGCCACCCCGUGGGGUCCGGCCAGAACCCAGCACCCGGACUCUGGAUCCGCCGCCUGAGGAACGCCGGGACGAGGUGGUCCUGAGGCAGAAGCCACCAACGGGCCGCAACAAGGCUCCCCUGCCCCCCGCGAGGCGGAUGCACCUCGGACCCACAGAGGAGGCGUCUGAGCCAGAAACCAGUGGACGCGGGGAGCACCUAAGCAGGAAGGUGGCGCCUUUGGCUACCACAGAAGAUUCCCUGGCUUCCAUCCCCUUCAUCGACGAACCCACCAGUCCCAGCAUUGACCUGCAGGCCAAGCACGUACCCGCCUCCGCUGUGGUCUCCAGUGCCAUGAACUCGGCUCCCGCCCUGGGCACCAGCCCGACCUCCCCGACCUUCACCUUUGCCCUCGGCCGCCAUUACUCCCAGGACUGCAGCAGCAUCAAAGCUGGCCGUCGUUCCUCCUACCUGCUGGCCAUCACCACAGAGCGUUCCAGAUCCUGUGAUGAUGGACUCAACACCUUCCGUGACGAGGGCCGGCCUCUGCGGCGCCUCCCAAACCGAGUGCCCAGCUUGCGGAUGCUUCGAAGCUUCUUCACUGAUGGGUCUCUGGACAGCUGGGGCACCUCAGAAGAUGCUGAUGCUCCUGCCAAGCGUCACUCCACAUCGGAUCUCUCGGAUGCCACCUUCAGCGACAUCAGGAGGGAAGGCUGGUUGCACUAUAAGCAGGUCCUCACCAAGAAGGGAAAGAAAGCGGGCGGCGGCCUGCGCCAGUGGAAGCGGGUGUACGCCGCGCUGCGGGCGCGCUCGCUCUCGCUGAGCAAGGAGCGGCGGGAGCCCGGGCCGGCGGCGGCGGGGGCGGCGGCGGCCGUCGCAGGUGAGGACGAGGCGGCGCCCGUCUGCAUCGGCUCCUGCCUGGUGGACAUCUCCUACAGCGAGACCAAGAGGAGGCACGUGUUCCGGCUGACCACCGCUGACUUCUGUGAAUAUCUCUUUCAGGCUGAGGACCGGGAUGACAUGCUGGGCUGGAUCAGAGCAAUCCGGGAGAACAGCAGGGCCGAGGGCGAGGACCCCGGCUGUGCCAACCAAGCUCUGAUCAGCAAGAAGCUUAAUGAUUAUCGCAAAGUGAGCCACAGCUCCGGGCCUAAAGCAGAUUCCUCCCCCAAAGGCUCUCGUGGCCUGGGGGGGCUCAAGUCUGAGUUUCUCAAGCAAAGUGCGGCCCGGGGCUUCAGGCCUCAGGACCAGUCUUCAGGGAACAAAGAUGAAGGUGCUGCUGCCCCCAGAACUCCUUGGGGCAUAAACAUUAUCAAGAAGAACAAAAAGGCAGCACCCCGGGCUUUUGGGGUCCGCCUGGAGGAGUGCCAACCAGCCACGGAGAACCAGCGUGUCCCACUGAUUGUGGCUGCCUGCUGCCGCCUGGUGGAGGCACGGGGGCUGGAGUCAACGGGCAUUUACCGGGUGCCUGGGAACAAUGCGGUGGUGUCCAGCUUGCAAGAGCAGCUCAACCGUGGACCCGGAGACAUCAACCUGCAAGACGAGCGCUGGCAGGACCUCAAUGUCAUCAGCAGCUUACUCAAGUCCUUCUUCCGGAAGCUGCCUGAGCCGCUGUUCACUGAUGACAAAUACAAUGACUUCAUUGAGGCCAAUCGUCUUGAAGACUCCAGGGAACGCAUGAAGACGCUUCGGAAACUGAUCCGGGAUCUCCCAGGACACUACUAUGAGACCCUUAAAUUUCUUGUGGGCCACCUGAAGACCAUUGCAGACCACUCAGAGAAGAACAAGAUGGAGCCCCGGAACCUGGCCCUGGUCUUCGGGCCCACUUUGGUGAGGACGUCGGAGGACAACAUGGCGGACAUGGUGACGCACAUGCCCGACCGCUAUAAGAUCGUGGAGACACUGAUCCAGCACUCUGACUGGUUCUUCAGCGAUGAUGAAGACAAGGGAGAACGAACCCCUGUGGAUGACAAGGAGCCCCAGUCGGUGCCCAACAUCGAGUACCUUCUGCCCAACAUCGGCAGGACAGUGCCCCCCGCUGACACGGGGUCAGAUUCUACUACCUGCAGUUCAGCCAAGUCCAAGGGCCCGUGGGCGCCCAAGAAGGAGCCGUACGCGCGGGAGCUGCUGGCGAUCUCCUUCAUCUCGGCCGUGAACCGCAAGCGCAAGAAGCGGCGCGGGGCGCGGGGCCUGGGCAGCAGCACGGACGACGACUCGGAGCAGGAGGCGCGCAGGGCGGGCGCGGGCGCCCCGGACGCCUCCGCCCGGGCCCGGGCCCGCGACCGAGACCCCGACGGCGACGGCGACGGCCCGGGGCGCCUGAGCCCCGCGGCGGCCCCGGCGGACACGCGCUCCAUCGUGUCGGGCUACUCCACGCUGUCCACCAUGGACCGCAGCGAGUGCUCGGGCGCCGGCGGGCGGCGGGCGGGCGCGGGCGACGAGGCGGACGACGAGCGCAGCGAGCUGAGCCACGUGGAGACGGAGACGGACACGGAGGGCGCGGGGCCCGGGGGCGCGCGGCUGGGGCGCCGGCCCUCCUUCAGCUCGCACCGCCUCAUGCCCUGCGACACGCUGGCGCGCCGCCGCUUGGCGCGCAGCCGCCCGGACGCCGACGGGGGCGCCUGCGCGGGCCUGAGCGCCUGCGCGGGUUUAAGCUCGGGGCGCGCGGCGGGCGACGGCGCGGGCGCAUGCGCGGGCGCGGGCUCGGCGUCGGCGUCGUCCAGCAGCCAGGAGUCGCUGCGCCCCCUGGCGGCCGUGGCGGCGCUGGGCUCGCGGCCGUCGCGCCUCGAGGCGCUGCGUCUGCGCCUGCGCGGCACCGCCGACGACAUGCUGGCCGUGCGGCUGCGGCGCCCCCUGUCCCCCGAGACGCGGAGGCGCCGCAGCAGCUGGAGGCGCCACACGGUGGUGGUGCAGAGCCCGCUCACCGACCUCAACUUCAACGAGUGGAAGGAGCUGGGCGGCGGCGGCGCCCCCCCGGAGAUCCCUGGUCCCCGCGCGCCCCACAGCGACAACAAGGACUCGGGCCUUAGCAGCCUGGAGUCCACCAAGGCCCGCGCCUCGUCCGCUGCUCCCGCCCCCGGGGACCCCGGCGCCCCGCACAGCCAGCCCCCGCGUCGCUCCGUCGCUGCCCGCCUCCACCAGUGUCUGUGACCCGCAUCCCCCCCAAACACACACACACACACACACUUCCUCCCCGACUGUCCCUUCCAUAUCCCUGGGCCA